ACUCCCGGUAAAAAAAAUUGCCCCCGACGUGUGGCGCCCGUCUCUCUGUCCCCACUCGUGCGUGAUUCUCUUCUCCUCUUCCUGCUCCAAACCCUCGCCAGCUCCGCCCAUGUCGCCGGCUUCGCCUUCAGAUUCCCGGCUCAAAUGGCGGAAGAGGAAGCGGGAUGCCAAUCGCAGGCGCCAGAAGCCACAUGAAGACGAGGAGGACGAGGAUGAGGACGAUGAGGACGCCGCAGUACCCGUCGGGGGAGACGCGGAGGAGGUCGGCCGCAAUUCUUCUCCCAUUCCUGCUGCAGCUGACCCCGUUCUCGACCUUAGAGAGUCCGAGGUCCUAUCUGACGGUGGCCAGCGGAUCUCUGAUCUUCCCACUGCUUUCCGACGCACCGUUAAUCGUCCACACACUUCCGUCCUCGCCCUUGUGGCCGCCGAGCGCUCCAACUCUGCCGCGCGCUCAUGGUCUCCGCCGUUCCUGGAGAACAUUUCUCACGGACAACUUCAGGUCCUCUCAGCGGUGCUCCCCGAUAACCCUUCACUACAGCAGCCACCGGACCUGGAUAAGCCCUCCACUUAUGUAUGCACGCCGCUGCCACUCAUGGAAGGGAAAGGCAUGAUAAAGCGGCUCGACAAGGACCAGCUCCUAAUUGUUCCGAUGCACUCCGAUUGGUUUUCACCAAGCACUGUCCACCGGCUUGAGAGACAAGUGGUGCCACACUUCUUCCUGGGAAAAUCCAAUGAUCACACUCUAGAGAAGUACAUAGGCCUUCGGAACAAGAUAAUUUCCAAAUACUUGGAAAAUCCAGGGAAGAGGCUUUCAUUUGCUGAUUGCCAAGCCUUAGUUCCAAACAACGACCUUUACGAUCUUAGUAGGAUUGUGAGGUUUUUGGAUCACUGGGGGAUCAUUAACUAUCUGGCUGCUUCUUCAGUCCACCGCGGCCUUAGGAUGGCUGGAUCCCUUCUCAGAGAGGAUGCCAAUGGUGAGCUUCAACUUCAAACUGCACCUUUGAGGUCCAUAGACAGUUUGAUUUUGUUUGAUAGACCAAAAUGCAGCAUCAGACUAGAGGAUGUUGCUUUGCUCUCUCACUCUGGGCAAGAUUCUGAUGCUUUAGUUGGAGAUUUAGAUGCAAGAAUUAGAGAACGUAUUGCUGAACAUACCUGCAAUUUCUGCUCUUGCCCUCUGACCAAAUUGCACUAUCAAUCACAGAAGGAGGUGGAUAUAAUGCUGUGCUCGAACUGCUUCCAUGAUGCAAAAUUUGUUACUGGGCACUCAAGCUUAGAUUUUGUAAGAAUGGACUCUGUAAAGGAAAAUUCAGAUCUUGAAGGGGAUAGCUGGACAGAUCACGAAACUUUGCUGUUGCUUGAGGCCAUGGAGAAAUAUAAUGACAACUGGAAUGAAAUUGCAGAAUACAUUGGUUCCAAGUCUAAGGCACAAUGUAUUUUGCAUUUUCUUCGUCUUCCGAUGGAAAAUGGCCUACUGGAAAGUAUUGAACUUCAACAUUUUCCUCCUCCAUCUGAAUCUCUUGAUAGACAAGAUGAUUUUAUUUUAUCUUCAAAUUCUAAUGGUAAAAUUGCAGGUAAUCAUGACCUCGGCAGUGCCAACUCACUUCCAUUUAUUAAUUCUUCCAAUCCAGUCAUGUCCCUGUUAGCCUUCUUAACCUCCUCAGUUGGACCAAGAGUUGCUGCAGCAUGUGCAAGUGCAGCAUUAUCUAUCUUGACCAGAGAUGACUCAAGGAAUGGAUCUGAGAAUUCACAUGCUGACGUUGAUACUCAUGCACCUCAUGCAAGCUUCAGUCAUCAGAAAGAUGGUACUGCAGAAGGUCAAUUGCCACAUUCUAAAAAUGGUUCUACUUUGCUUUCCUCUGAACUUGUAGAACAUGCUGCAAUGGCUGGCCUAUCUGCAGCUGCAAUGAAAGCAAAAUUAUUUGCAGAUCAAGAGGAACGUGAAAUUCAGAGAUUGGCUGCUACUAUCAUAAAUCAUCAGCUGAAAAGGUUGGAACUGAAGCUGAAGCAGUUUGCGGAGCUAGAAACUCUAUUGCUCAAGGAAUGCGAACAGGCAGAGAGGAUGAGACAACGACUCUCAGCCGAGCGCAGUCGAAUGAUGACCUCCCGAUUUGGAGCCUCACCAAACAGUGUACCAUCACCUGGGGGAGCAGCACCAGCAGGUGCUGCAGCAGCUGCUGUAGCCAUGGGCGCUAAUCCAAUACCUGGCCAGACACCCAUGGUCGCUCCGGCAACUGGACAAGCUUCCUUCGGCAACAAUCUUAAUCCCGGCCAUCGGCAGAUGCCUUUGAUGCAACGCCAGCAAAUGUUUGGUUUGGGGCCCAGGUUACCGUUGUCUGCUAUCCACCCAGCUCCUGCCUCUCAGAAUGCUGGGUUCAACUCGGCGAUACCAAACAGUUCCACGCCUAACCAUCAUCCAUUGUCAAGAUCAUCAUCGUCAGGGAAUACUCGAAUAUAGCUUCGGAAUUUAGUGUUUAUUGGUGAUAUGUUGCAUGGCAUCUGGGCUUAGUUUUACUAAUAUUGUGUUUCAAUUAUUAGAGAAAUCUCAAUGUAAUUGCCUCCUUAUUGGUCCCUCCUAUCUUUUUUCUCAGCUAUUUAACGGGUACACGAUUUCUCGUGGGA